AUGGCUCCUCAAGCUGCAGACCAAGCGUCACCGUCGCCGUUUCAGUUUCCGUCGUCCCGAAAUCUGUCCAUGAGUGCACUUCAACUGACACCCCGGCCCAGCGACUUGCCAUCUCCUGCUCAAUCGCCACACACUGCGUACUUCCAUGUCGACGAGCCAGAGGUGGUGACUUCCAAGACCUACGAUCUCCCGGUGGACCACAACCAGUUCGACCGUGCCACAGCAAUCAAACCGAGCAGCAUGCUGCGCCCGCACAUGCGCAUCUUCUACCUAUCGUGGAUGUCGGGUAUCAUGGGCUUCCUCGGUUGGUACGCCAUCCCUCCUCUCAUGCCAGUGAUCAAGACGCAGCUAGGACUCACAGAGGGAGAAGUCCUCAACUCCGAUAUCGCUAGUACUGCCAGCACGAUCAUCUCUCGAAUUGCAUCAGGCCCACUUUUGGACCAGUUUGGUCCUCAGGUUGUGCAGAGCUCGGUGCUGUGGUUUGGUGCUAUUCCAAUUGUCUGUGCCGCCUUCGUCAACUCGGCUACAAGUUUGCUUAUUGUGCGGUUCUUCAUUGGUCUCGUGGGCUGCGUGUUUGUGUCCAGUCAGUAUUGGACGACCAUCACUUUUGCUCGUAAUGUGGCCGGUACAGCCAACGCCAUCACUGGUGGCCUGGGCCUGUCUGGUAUUGGCUUCGCCUUCCUGGUCUUGCCGUUCGUAUACGAGGCCAUCACGUCAGGCGGUCACGUAUCGGACGAUCUGGGUUGGAGGAUCACCAUCGCGCUGCCGGCAGUGCUUAUGGUUAUCAUGGGCACGGUGAUCUGCUUCGCUGUGGAUAGCUGUCCGACCGGUGGCUUCCAGGAGCUGAUGAACACCAAGCGGCAGGCAGAACAGAAUGGCCGAGCUGCUCCGGCACGAAUAAGCAUUAGCGGUGGCUCCAGUACCUUGCCCGUGACGCAGUCUGAGCAGCAGAAACCUAUGAGCAUGCUUCAGUCUUUCAGGAUUGUGCUCACGGACUUGAACGUCCUGGUUAUGAUCGCUCAAUACGCUGCGAGCUUCGGCACAGAGCUACAGCUCAACAACAUGGGAGCGCUCUACUUUUACACCAAAUUCACCAAGAGUGGCUGCACCCCGACAGACGGCAAUCUCUGCUACUUACUGUCGAAGACCAACGCCGCCACCGUGGCGUCGUCUUUUGGACUUAUGAACAUGUUUGCACGCGCUCUAGGCGGCUUGGCGUCUGACGCAGUGAACCGCCGAUUCGGCAUGAGUGGCCGCAAGCGCGUACAGUUCACGUUGCUGUGUGUACUGGGCGCCUUGGUGAUCACACUGAGUCAACUGGACUCGCUCGGCGCUUGCGUUGCGUUCUAUGUGCUCGUAGCUAUCGCCGCACAGGCAACCGGAGGGUCCACGUACGGCAUUGUACCGUACCUGAAUGAGCAUCACACGGGCACAGUCAACGGACUGGUCGGUGCUGGUGGCAACUUAGGAGGCGUGAUCUACGGCAUCAUCUUCCGUAGUACGGACGGAUACAGCACGGGUCUGCUGUACACAGGUAUCAUCAUCCUGGCCUGUGCACUGCUUACCCCUCUGUUGAGGUUCCCCCACUUACAGCACGAGCAAGAGGCCAACGUCCACCAAUCGGGUGACGCUGGCGACGCGUCUAAGCGAUCUCAUAGCACCAUGUACCUCGAAGAUGAGCCGAUUGAGUAA